AGAGCGCUGAGCAUCGCGAUAGGAUGCGCUGCAACCUCGUCAGUUUGCGGCGGACAACACGUCCCCCUCGGCCCUCGCCGACUCCUUUCGUAAAAUCUCCGGGGUCCAGACAACGCUACUCCUUCCGCCGCGGGUUUUCGCCUCGCGGCCGCGCCAGCCCUCCUCUUCCGGCGGCUCCUCGGCCCUCGCGGAACUCGCCACAUCCCCCAUUGCCCCCGUCGCCCGUUCGCUCCCCGUCCGAAUUAUUUACUCAAAUCAUUCAUCGCCGGCCCGUCCCACUCCCACCUCCCCAAGCAACCUGACCACGCCACCCCGCGAGGUCCGCGAUACCGUCCAAAUCCACGCGAUAACAACCAGGCCGUCCCCCUUCCUUCCUUCCCUCCCGUAUAUAGCUAGCGAGGGGCGUGGCAAUGGUUCUUCAGCUCCGCCUGAUCCCGCGCCUGGCUGCCGCAGCCAGGUUGACGCCCGCGACUUCCUGCGCUCCCCGGCUGCUCCUGCGGCGCGCGCCGUUACCACCGGCCCUCGCGAUGGCGUCGGCGUACAGCGCCGGUUACGGCGCGGGCAGGAGGCUGCUAUUCAGGCAGCUGUUCGAGAAGGAGAGCUCCACGUACACCUACCUCCUCGCCGACGUCGCCGACCCCGACAGGCCCGCCGUGCUGAUUGACCCUGUCGACAGAACAGUUGACAGAGAUCUUAAUCUUAUCAAGGAAUUGGGCUUAAAGCUCGUGUUUGCUAUGAAUACUCAUGUACAUGCUGAUCACGUCACUGGAACAGGACUAAUAAAAACUAAGGUACCUGGAGUUAAGUCUGUUAUUUCAAAAGCUAGUGGAGCAAAAGCUGAUCAUUUUGUUGAUCAUGGGGACAAAAUACACUUUGGUAACCUUUUCCUUGAGGUGCGAGCUACUCCAGGCCAUACCUCUGGCUGUGUGACUUAUGUUACAGGUGAUGCUGAUGGGCAACCUUCACCAAGGAUGGCUUUUACUGGUGAUGCCUUAAUUAUCCGGGCAUGUGGAAGGACUGACUUCCAGGGAGGAAGUUCUGAGCAGUUGUAUCAGUCAGUGCAUUCACAGAUUUUCACAUUGCCAAAGGAUACACUACUUUAUCCUGCUCAUGACUAUAAAGGUUUCACGGUAAGUACUGUUGAAGAGGAGGCUGCCUAUAAUGCUCGACUCACAAAAGAUAAGGAAACUUUCAAGACGAUCAUGAAUAGUAAGUUCUCUCAAGUGGAUAUGUACAUUUGGUUCAUACCGAAUUCCCACAUUUCUGCUGACAUGCUCACUUUGCUUGCCAAAUUAAUCCUCUUGUUUUGGGAUGAAAGAAAGAAGUCUGAUAAUUUGGUCUCAUCUUGGGCAGACUUGAAUUUGUCAUAUCCAAAGAUGAUGGAUGUAGCUGUACCUGCCAAUUUGGUCUGCGGUAUCCAGGAUCCACCACCGAAGAUCUGAGCUGUUCCCGUGGAAGCCUGCAACUGCACUUCUGGUUGUUUAUGAACUCUGGAUCGCCACCAGAGGCUUGCAGCUGAGUUGUUCAUUAAAUAAUUUGUUUGCUGCAUCCUGUGAUAUCGCGAGAAAAUAAUCUAACCAAUGGCCGGUGUAGCCUCUGGUUGUAUGUGGCAAAGCACUAUUGUUUAGAGAGAUCAAAAGGAACAAUGCUGAUAGUCAAUGAAGUUUGAUUGCCUGACAACAUCUCUAGAAA